CAGAAAAUAGUCAUAUAUUAUGAACUAAUUGAUGGAAUAUUGUUUUAAGCAGCUAUCAUGUCAUGUAAGGCAGUUCAGGGAAAAAGAAGGGCACCGAUACUGGUUCACCUGAUAUUGCAUUUUAUGGCUCUUGUGGCUGGAAUCUUCGGGGUUUAUAUGGCAUUCAGGUAUCACCACGUGGAAUCCAUGCCAGAUAUGCACACCCUGCAUUCCUGGCUGGGUUUGUGCACCAUCUGCUUAUUUGGUUUGCAGUGGAUGUUUGCAUUCUUCUCUUUCUGGUACCCGGGUGUAAAAAAGCAGAGAAGGCGUAGGCUCAUGCCAUGGCACUGGUUUGCUGGCAUGGUCAUCUUUCUCAUGGCCAUAUUGACUGCGGAGACGGGUUUAGUUCAGAGAUCCACUUAUUUGCGCCGCCAAGAAGCACUUAUAGUCAACUUCACCGGACUGUUGAUCCUCCUAUUUGCCACUGCAGUUGGUCUCAGUGUUAUCCAUCCCUCCUGUCUGCCACCCAAGUCGGGCUCAGACCCAGUGAUAUCCUUCCCCGAGCUUCUCAUCGGUCUGGCUGAUGUGGUCUUGACCAGUAAUGAUUCAUGA